UUGCACUUCUUGCUGACAUCGGUAUCAAUUAGAAUGUCUCAUAACACUAUUGAUGAUCCAAAACCGACUAUGCUAUCAACAACCGUUAAGGCGUACGGCUGGAAAAUUGUGCUUUUGCCCGGCAUGGAAGAUCCCCAGGGCCUGGUGGAGAAAAUUCGAAAUUUUAAAAUACGAGACGACGAUGUACUUGUAGCGGCGUAUCCCAAGUGUGGAACUCAUUGGCUAUGGGAGGUAACUCAAAUGUUAAUGAGGAGAACAUUGACGUAUGAAAAGAGAGCCAAGGAAUACACAAUGUUAGAGGCUGUCCAGGGGCUGGAAAGACUAGAACUGGAGCCGUCUCAGAGGAUUCUCAACUCCCACAAUGUCGUUGCCCAUCUGCCUAAAGAGAUCAUUGCCAAAAAAACUAAGAUUAUUCAUGUCAUUAGAAAUUCUAAAGACGCACUUGUUUCGUGGUUCUGGCAUUGUCAAAUCACCGAUGGUUUAAAAGAUGUGAAAUUUGCGGACAUAUUUGAAGCAGUGCUAUCUGACAACAUAUCGCUACCAUCACACCUGGACUAUUUGUAUCAGUGGUCAGAGUUUGAACAAAAUCAUCCUGAUCAUCCAAUCAAGCACAUUUACUUUGAGGACAUGAAAAAACAACCCGUCAAAACGAUCAAAGAACUAGCCACGUUUUUAAAUGUCCAAGAAAGUGAAACAUUUUUUGAACAAGUGGCAGAAGCUUGUAGCUUUGAAAACAUGAAGACAUUUGAAGAGAAUAAAGAAAAGAUGUAUCCAGAGGAAGUGAGAGCUGUUAUUGACAAAAUUAACGGAGAGCUGAAAUAUAUACGAAAAGGAGAGAUAGGAGACUGGAAGAAUCACUUCACAGUUGCCCAGAAUGAGCGGUUUGAAGAACGCAUCGCCACAUUUUUGAAAAACAAGGAUUUGAAGUUUACUUUUGUUUACGAAUAAAAAGAAAAUAUAAGACUGAGGGGAAAAAAAUAAAUGAGAAAGAAAGAAAAAAAAGA